AGGUUAGGAGCGCAGGAGAACGCUUCUCUUCUCCAGAUGGUGUUUUAAACGCAGACAGAAGGAUCAUUAGACAACACGCCGGCUUCCAACCACCGAAAACAACAAAAAUAAACCAAAACGCGAGAUGCUGCAGAGAGAAACAACGCAGAAUGUGUAGCAUCAGUAAGCUGGGACACGAAUGAUGUUUUUAAUGGACCGUUUUUUCGCGUUCAGUGUGGAGGGAGUUCGCGAAGAACAGUUGGAAUAUUGACGGGAAUAUCUCCGAAACACUCUCUAUCUGAAUCAUUAUCUGAAUCUGUAGACGAGGACUUUCGGGAUUUACAAGAGAUAAUAUUCACUACACUUCUACUUGGAAACAUGGAGCAUCAGUGGCAAUAUUAAAAAGGAAAAAACAUCUAUCUUAUAGGAGGGAUCACGGACAUCGACUGUGGAAUACGAUAUUGAAACCACCAAGAACGCGUGAUCUGAAUUGGAGGACUUUGCGAUUUUAUUGUGAUUUGAGAAAUCGAAUGGAACUUUUUUUUUCGCCCUGUGCAUUUUUCUAAGAAAUUUGUCAACACGUUUCAAGAUUUCGACAUUUUAAAGGAGCGUAAAACCAAAGUCUCACUACUUUAAUACUAAAGCUUUGCUGUGUUCUAGCUUUGUAUGACAUAUUUUCGAUUUCUCGAAAUUGAAUUACCUCAUUAUUUAUUAGCUACUAUAGCGAAACGUCAGCAUCGCGUGCAAUCCAGUUGAGAACUCUCUCUCAGACACUCUUUGAUAAAACGUUAUAUAUAUAGGAUUCUUAUUCAUUUUGGAAAGUUGUCACUUUUUUACAGUGAUAUUCAAGGCGAAAUAAUCUCCGUUUAUUUCUAUUUUAAUUUUUCGGGUGGAUUAUUUUUUUGCUGCAAAAUACCUCAGUUUGACUUCGACCUUCAAAAGUAGCACACGACAGGAGGCUGGAACGAUGCCAGAUUCACCUGCUGAUGUCAAAACCCAGCCCAGGUCAACUCCGCCCACAAUGCCACCUCCACCCCCAGCUGUCAGUCAGGCAGUCAAUCGCAACGCAUCAUUCACACCUACAACAAUGCUGAACGGGAGCAGCCACUCUCCAACGGCACUAAACGGAGCUCCCUCAACCCCCAACGGCUUCAGCAAUGGACCGGCCACCUCUUCUACUGCGUCUCUGCCCACCCAGCAGCUUCCCCCUGCCUGUGGAGCCCGACAACUCUGUAAGCUUAAGCGUUUUCUCACCACACUGCAGCAGUUUGGCAACGACAUCUCGCCCGAGAUAGGAGAACGUGUACGCAGCCUGGUUCUGGGGCUAGUGAACUCAACUCUAACUAUUGAAGAGUUCCACUCCAAACUUCAGGAAGCCACAAACUUUCCCCUGCGUCCCUUUGUCAUUCCAUUUCUCAAGGCUAACUUGCCCUUACUGCAGAGGGAGCUUCUUCACUGUGCUCGGAUUGCUAAGCAGACCCCAGCACAGUAUCUGGCCCAGCACGAACAGUUGCUGCUGGAUGCCAAUGCCAGUUCUCCCCUGGACUCCUCUGAGAUCAUGCUGGAACUCAAUGAGCAUGGCAAGAGACGUACCCCGGACAGGACCAAAGAGAUUGCAGGGGACAGGGAUGGCUUGCACCCGGAGCACCUGGCCAAACGUCCAUGCACAGUGAGCCCCAGUCAGCGCUUCAGCCCCAGCAGUGGUUUACCUUCUCACCCUCCCCCCAACGGCCUACCGACGCAUCCACCCAAUGGCCUUCCACAUCCUAACCCUCCUGCCCCACAGCAUUACCGUUUGGAAGACAUGGCACUUGCCCACCACUACAGAGAUGCUUACAGACACGCAGAGCACAGAGAUGUCCGGGAUCGUCACCGGCAGACAGCCGUGCAUGGAGCACGUCAAGAGGAAGUGAUUGAUCAUCGGCUGACAGACCGCGAGUGGGCUGAGGAAUGGAAGCACCUCGAUAACUUGCUGAACUGUAUAAUGGAUAUGGUGGAGAAGACACGGCGUUCCCUCACCGUGCUGCGACGCUGCCAGGAGGCGGACCGCGAGGAGAUGAACCACUGGAUCCGUCGCUAUAGCGAUGUGGAGGAUAUGAAAAAAGGUGGGAGCUCCGCCCAGCGGCCUCCUCCUCUUCCUCCCCACCACAACUCUUCCUCCUCCAACACUCCUAACAGCAAUGACACACAGCCGCUAGAAAUUCACAGAGACUUCCUGCACCGUCCCCCAUCAGGCUACCUGCCCGAGGAGAUCUGGCGGAAGGCUGGUGCUACAAGUAUCCCGCUCUCGCCAGCAUUAAAGCAACUUCAGAACAAGCAGGAGGAGGCAGUAAAUGAAGUGAAGAGACAGGCCAUGUCAGAGCUGCAGAAGGCAGUGUCAGAUGCUGAGAGGAAAGCUCACGAAAUGAUCUCUGCUGAGCGCUCCAAGAUGGAGAGAGCUCUGGCCGAGGCUAAGCGACAGGCCUCUGAGGAUGCGCUGACUGUCAUUAACCAGCAGGAGGACUCCAGUGAAAGUUGCUGGAACUGUGGUCGCAAGGCGAGUGAGACGUGCAGUGGAUGCAACACAGCGCGCUACUGUGGCUCUUUCUGUCAGCAUAAGGACUGGGAGAAGCACCAUCAUGUAUGCGGCCAGGGCCUGUCCGGACGUAACAGCGUACCACUCGGGACACCAUCUACCACCACCAUCUCCUCGUCCAGCAUGCCCCCCACACACUCUGAGAGCACCCCUCCAGGGCCCCUGUCCCUGGUGGGCCAAACCAGCAGCAGUGGCAGUCCUAAAGAAGCCAGCUCCAGCAGCAUUUCUCGCUCAACUACUCCAGCAACACCUGCCCUGAUGGAUUCCUCAUCCCGCUGACUAUUGAACCCCAAAUCUUAACCCAUGCCCAGCCAUGUCUACUGCUGCUACAGCCUCCUUCACCCAAAACAAGCUGAGGAACCUCCACCAUAUUUAGCCAUCCUCUACAAAUGAACUACGGCAACCUGACCACACCUGCAUUAAGAGCUUGUUUUCUCAAUCUCCAACUCAGAUUCCUUCACAAAAGGGUCUACUGCGUAAUUUAAAAUGAGCAGGGUCUGUUAUACUGGAGGCCAACAAGAAAGCCAGGAAAACAUUACACGUUUUAUUCAUGUAUAAGAAAAUUUUAGGCAUAGCCUCAGUUACCUACACCCUUUAAGUGAGGUGUACUCUGUGUGAAUUGGGGUGGCACCAUACUCUGAACAUGUCUUGACCCAGAUAGGACUUAAUAUAUGUAGGAAAGUUUCCCUCUGAGAUGUCAGUAAUGGACAAGAGCUUGUUGCCGCUCUGAAAAUCUUCCACAGAGCUACGUCCUCACAACAUGACAGAUUGCAUUUCCUUUUUUGGCUUUAAUUAACACAAAAGAAAAGUCCAAAAAUCCAAAAGAAAUAAUGAUGGCGAUAAGAAGAAGAAUUAAACCUGUUAACUACCUUGCUAGCGAGCCAAGAAAAUCUACACCAGACUCACCUCUCUGUACCGACGUGAACCCAAAUGAAUUUUAAGUGAAAAAAAGAACAUGAUCCAAACCUUUUUACUACACUGCCAAAGUUACUAAGAAGCACUCAUCUUGUAACCAAACGCAAACAACUUCACCUCCUCAGCAGUAAAGCCAGCCCAAAGCUCUAAAGUCUGUGGAGAGGUGGCAUAGUGACUAGACACUCAGACCUUCACUGUGCCCACUGUGCUACUCACUCAGAUCCUGGGGAACACCCAAUUUAGCCUGGAUCCAUCACUACGGCAAGGGAGGAUCGCACCUGGGAUCUUUAAAGCACAUCACCCAGUCCGCUGCAAAGAGAAAUGACAUGAAAACAAAAGAGAAGGCGAGGAUGAGUAAGCGAAGAGAGACACAUUGGCCUCAAAAGGAAAUACGAAUGGCAAUGGAACUGCCAAAAACCUCAUUGGAUUGUACACAAAGAAUGAGCCUAUUCUUCUCAAACAUUUUCGUUUGGUUUUCCUAAAUCUCUCUGAAUGCUGAGACAUUUCAUUUUGUCGUACCAUUUCAUUCACCCACGUUUUCCAAAGCAUGACAAGACUGUAUAGUCUCCCGAGACUGGCGUAGGCUUGGUUCUCUUUUCUCUCGCUCUUUCUACCUCCCCCAUCUUCUGUAUGUUCAUCCCUUUUGUCUCCUGACAGAACCUCUAAGCAGAUAUCCAUGAAGGCAUCAAACGUUGCUUGUAGAUAUUACUUUCCGUUUCUGGAUGUCUCUGUCUUCAAUAUCUGCUUGUGUGCGUACUCAGAAUGAGGAACGCGUUCUUUCUUUGUCUUCUUUUAGGUUUCAGCCGAACAUUGGACAGAAAAAGACACUCUAAUGGAAGAGAAGCUGUGUUGUACCUAUUGUUCGAUUUGUUGUAUCAAUACUGAUGAUGAGAAUCCUCAUGUAGAAUAUUUUAUAUUGCUCGCAUUGUAAGACAGUGAGAGAACAAGAGGUGCAAUAUGAAAAGAGAAUUCAGCUACUGAAUGGAACCUCAGAAACGGCCCUUAGGGCAUCUUAUAAUAUAAAUAUACAUAUAAAUAUAUCUAAAAUUACCACAGUAAAUUAAUGUGAAUGUACAUAGUAUUUAAAAAGAGGUCCAAAAAUGAGUUUGCCAAAUAACAGAAACCUUUAAAGUAUAAUGUCCAGAAUUUUAUUUCUCUCCAUUUAAUAUUUUCUGUCUGAAUGAUCAUUUUACAACGUCUGUUGUAAAAUUGGAGGAGGAAGUGGUGUUCACAUCACUGCUCGUGUCGAUAACUGCCUGAGGACUCUGCUUACGGACAUGUUGGACGAGACGUUUUUGUAGCCAUAAAGGUGUCGAAACAAAUGGCAUCACAUUUUUACAACACGCCAAACCACAAUUGACUGACCUAGCUCGCCCCUCUGAGAAGUUCCCAGAGGAGGGAAGUCGCUAGAAUGUGUGUGAAACAUUGCCAUCCUUUGGGCCAAAGUGUCACUGCAUUGGUCCAAUGUGUAAUUUGCACACACAAACACACAUGCAUGCACAUACAAUCACAAAACCAAACCAUUGAAUUUUCAUUAUCCAGCAAACACUAUCUGGUUUUGCUUAAGUACAUCAGGUUGUGAUCCAACAUAGCACCAAAACAUAACCCGUAUUUAUUAUAGUCUGGAAAAUAUCAAUAGAAGUUGCUGUGUGCAUCGAGCAAGCUCUGCUGAUCCCAACAUUCAUGUUCCUUAAGGGUUGUUUGUGAUGGCAGUAACAAUGGACAAGACUACCCCUCUGUGUAAAAAUACUUCGAAUUUUGCCACCAGCUUACACUUGCGGCCCUGUUUACAGCCUUUGUUUUGGUCAGUUAUCAUUUUCUGCUGUCUAAUUGAAUCGCCAGUUUUGUUGAUUACGUGGCGUACUUCUGAUAUGGACCAAACUUGAAAGGCCUGCUUUUUACUCAUUCUAUUUUGGUGUUGCUUUAGGCAUGAGGUGGGUCGAUGGUUUAAUUUUUCACAUGGCAUAAGCGAAUGAUCCAUUACCGGAUUUCGAAAGUAAUAUAUGAACUCAUCCAGAAAAUAACAGCAACACAUGAUCCUGAACCAGUGAAUUACGAGAGCUUCAGUCUGAUGAAGUAGGUUUCUCUCUCUCUUCCGACAAUUUGAGGAUUUUUCAUACAUCAUCCUACUUUUCCUUACUAGCUACCUCCUGUACACAAAUCCAAGACAGUUUGAAUGAAUGAAACUAGCAGACAUGCAAAUAUAUCAUCCUGCUCGAGGUAUACAAGACAUUUCAGCAUAGAAACUCAAAAACCUUUUUCUGAAUGUAUGUUUUGUUCACAUUUUCACGUGAUGGGCCGACAAAGACCUUUUUCCAUGGGCUGUUAUACAACAUGUUAAGCCAAAAACACUCUACAGAAGUACGUAGCAAUGCAAAAGCAUGCACCCUUUUGUUACUGUUGUGUUAACGCGGCAGUAACAAACCUCAGUUCUCAAGGGUGUGAUGAAGUUUCUUUCAAAUGUCUGUGCCAUUAAAUCGGAUGUGUUAUUAUUCUGGUUGCUAAAUGUUGACAGUUAAAACCAACUUAAACUAACUUGCACAGCAAAAUAUCUUUAAACUGUUGCUCUGCCAUGACUUCAGUUUAUCUGACUGUACAGUAGAAGAGUGUUUACAUUCGUGCCCGCUAUAGUGCCCCCUUUGGCAACUCUUAGAAUUGUGUCAUGAACUGUGUUCUGAUACAUUGGGAAUGCAACAAUGAGUGAAAUUAAGCUAGCAUUGUUGUAGUAGCUUAGAAUGUUUUGAGCCCUGAACAUAAACAUAUCUUAUAAAUAUCCAAAAUGAUAAAAGCACAGACCAAAGCAUAACUAAGCAUCCAUAAAAGCCGUUUGGAUAUUGUGUUGCCUAAAAAAAGCCUGGGUGAGCAGCAAUGUCCAUAAACCAAAGUGUUAAAAAAAGACCAUACUGAAAGCACAAGACGACAGUAUACACAUCAUCGGUACUAUAAUUCCAAGCCAGGGGAGUGCUUGUUCCUGGCAUCCAAAGCAUUAAAUAAGAUUACAAAUGCUUCUCUAACAUUUAAGCCAACCUUGCUUAAAGAUUUCAUUAUGAGAAUGCAUGAGUGUGAGUGAGAAAUAAAAAAUAGAGUGAGAGAUACUUUCCAUUAAUGAUUUUGCUAAGGAACUUACUUGAAUCUCAAGAGCUUUAAAAUAACACCGUUAGCAAAGUUAUGGUAGAGUACUUCCAUAAACUCGUUUUGAGCUUUGCAUGUCUGCUAGUCCAGAACUCAUACAAAUAUAUAUUUGCAAUAUUUUUGGCCAUUCUGUUACUAACCAAAAUCAAAAAAUAUGCAAAGACAUCUUCCACUGUGUGCUGUAGUUCUGCUGUUAUCUGGUAUUCUGAAGGGCCGUCAUUCUCAAAGCAAAUUUGUGGAUGUCUAGAUUCAGUCAGCAUUUGGCCUUGUCAGUGAACCCAUUUGGGCAGCUGCUCCGUUCAAAGAUUGACAUUGGGAAAGCGAGAGAGAGAAACUACUUCCUACACAUUAAGUGAACAUACUCUUAAAGUAAAAUGGAUUCUGAAGGUUAACUAAUCAACAUCUUGGUUUAAGUUAUGACAUCUUUAUCCUGAAAAAACAAAAGCGCUUAAACCAGCCUAAGGUCGUAAGGUUUCUGGCUGGGAGACUUAAACCAGCUAUGACAAGACCAGCAAACCGUUAUUGACUGAUUUCAGUCAUUUUUAAUAAAAUAUUCCUGCACAUCAGUAAUGUUGUCCAGUUUCACAAUUUUUUUUUAUUUUAUUACUAUACCAUCCACUAAGUCUAACGAUAAAAAACAAACAAACAAAAACAAACACUGUACAAUUAAAUCCUUUUAACAGAGAACACACAAGGCUGUAGUAGAAACCUUACACUAAUAUAGAACUGAACAUUACUUUGACUAGCAGAUUAGGCCGGGCAUUGAAACGCACAUGAUAAAUGUUAUAACAGCAAGAUACAUAUUUCUGUAAUAACAAAAUCUUGGUUUGAUACAUUCAGGCAAACAUGAUGUACUGUACUGUGCAAUACAUCAUUAUAGGAAAAGGCAUUGUUUCAAUAGGAAAAGUUGGUGUGUUGAAGUUUUUUUUUUCUCUCUCUCUCUUUCAAAGUCCUGUUAUCAUUCUCUAGAUGAUGUGAACUGUGCCAGGAGAGUUUUAUUUAUUUAUUGCAUGCUCUUUCCCCCUUUGCAAUUCCCUCACCCUAUCUUACUGUGCGCUUUGUUGGACAUGUGACGGUGUAAACAUUCUAAAUCAGGUUAUUGUCUGUGUUGGGAUACGUAUCUGUGUAAUUAAAAAGGCAGUAAAAUAUGA